UUCGUUCUUUUAAACCCUGUUUACCCCCAGAAAGCUGGAAGUGUGGACAGACAGGGAGAGAAGAGAGAGAGAAAAAUUCAGACACAAUAAAACUCCGAUGGGGGGAAGAAAUAUGUAGGAGGAGGAGGAGAGGAGGAAGGAGGCAGCAGCCUUGGGGGAGAGAGGAUUGAAAAGUUUCGCCUGGGUUAACUUCUCCUCUUCUUCUCCUUCCCUCGCCUUUCGCAGCCACAGAAAGAGCAGCAGCCCAGAGCACAAGUAUCCCAGCAUCUCUGACGUCUGCAUAAAUCAUUGGCCUUCGUCAUCAUAAGCCCCUGACAAUUUUUGAAUUGAACAAGUAAAGGGGUCAUGGCACGCUUAACGAAAAGGCGUCAGGCAGAUACAAAAGCUAUCCAGCAUCUUUGGGCGGCUAUAGAAAUCAUCCGAAACCAGAAGCAAAUUGCUAACAUUGACCGUAUUACGAAGUAUAUGUCUCGGGUUCAUGGUAUGCACCCCAAAGAGACCACACGCCAGCUUAGUUUAGCAGUGAAGGACGGCCUAGUUGUUGAGACCUUGACAGUGGGAUGUAAGGGAUCUAAAGCUGGUAUUGAGCAAGAAGGAUACUGGCUGCCUGGAGAUGAGAUUGCCUACAGUAUGCAGCCUUUCUCCCGGACAACAGCAAAAAUCAAGGACUGGGAGACAGAAACUCAUGACUGGUAUUGUUUUGAAUGCCAUUUGCCCGGAGAGGUGUUGAUAUGUGACCUGUGUUUUCGUGUAUAUCAUUCCAAGUGUUUAUCUGAUGAGUUCAGGCUUAGAGACAGCAGUAGUCACUGGCAAUGCCCAGUUUGCAGGAGCAUUAAGAAGAAGAACACAAGCAAGCAAGAGAUGAGCACCUAUUUGCGCUUCAUCGUCUCCCGGAUGAAGGAACGAGCUAUUGAUCUAAACAAGAAAGGCAAGGACAACAAACACCCAAUGUACCGUAGGCUGGUGCACACAGCCGUUGAUGUUCCAACUAUACAAGAGAAAGUAAACGAAGGAAAGUACAGGAGCUACGAAGAGUUCAAAGCAGACGCUCAGUUGCUUCUACACAACACAGUGAUUUUUUACGGAGCGGACAGUGAGCAAGCUGAUAUAGCCAGAAUGCUUUACAAAGACACCUGCCACGAGCUGGAUGAACUUCAGCUUUGCAAGAACUGUUUCUAUUUAUCGAACGCGCGUCCCGACAAUUGGUUCUGCUAUCCUUGUAUACCCAAUCAUGAGCUGGUUUGGGCUAAAAUGAAAGGUUUUGGAUUCUGGCCUGCCAAAGUCAUGCAGAAAGAGGACAAUCAGGUGGACGUUCGCUUUUUUGGUCACCACCACCAAAGGGCCUGGAUUCCUUCAGAAAAUAUUCAAGAGAUCACAGUUAAUAUACAUCGGCUGCAUGUAAAACGUAGCAUGGGCUGGAAAAAAGCGUGUGAUGAGCUGGAACUACACCAGCGCUUCCUUCGAGACGGCAGGUUCUGGAAAUCAAAGAACGAGGAUAAAGGGGAGGAGGAGGCAGAAUCCAGCAUCUCCUCCACCAGCAAUGAGCAGCUAAAGGUUACUCAGGAACCAAGGGCAAAGAAAGGAAGACGUAAUCAAAGCGUGGAACCCAAAAAGGAAUUACAGAAUUCUUGUAAUGAUCAGCUGGGACUGAAAGAUUUCAAGGAGAAGCUGGAGCCGGAGCCUGAAACGGAAGCAGUUAGUUCGAGCCAGGAAAUCCCCACAAUGCCUCAACCCAUCGAAAAAGUUUCCGUGUCAACCCAGACAAAGAAGUUAAGUGCCUCUUCUCCAAAAAUGCUGCAUCGGAGCACCCAGACCAAUAAUGACGGAGUAUGUCAAAACAUGUGCCAUGACAAAUACACCAAAAUCUUCAGCGACUUCAAAGAAAGGUUCAAGGCUGAUCAUAAGAGGGAGACGGAGAGGGUGGUGCGAGAAGCUCUUGAGAAGCUGCGUACAGAUAUGGAGGAGGAAAAAAGGCAGGCUGUGAACAAAGCUGUUGCAAACAUGCAGACAGAGUGCGACAGGAAGACAAAGCAGGUGAAGGAGAAGUGCAAAGAGGAGUUUUUAGAAGAGGUUAAGAAGCUAGCCAGCCAGCACAAGCAACUGAUUUCCCAGACCAAGAAGAAGCAGUGGUGCUACAACUGUGAAGAGGAGGCCAUGUAUCACUGCUGCUGGAACACUUCCUAUUGCUCCAUCAAGUGUCAGCAGGAACAUUGGCACGCUGAGCACAAACGCACCUGCCGCAGGAAAAGAUGAGAGCCCCCCUUUCUCUGCAAAGGAGUCACCCCAGUGCAGUGCUAUCCUCUGACGCAGCAGGUUUUUUUGGGUUUCGUUUCAUUUCUAAAGUUUGUUUCCCAAGGGGUCAGAAUUGUUGAUUAGAAUUCGUUCCCCCUCUUCUACUUUCCCCCUCUCUUCUUUUUUCCCUCCCCCCUACCAGCCUUUAAAACACUUUUUUCGUAAAGAACUUUUUGCACAGUUAAAAUUUUCAGUCUUGUGUUUUAACGCUCCUCUCAAAAAUCCUCUUUUUUCCUUUUCCUUUUGUCCGUAAGGCAAUUUGGAGCACACUGCUUCUACUUUUUCUUUUUCUUUUUGUAAUUGUUAACCUAGACAAUUUGUUGGGUUUUCAGCAAAUUUAAAAAAAAUAAAAAUGAAAGCGAAGUUUUUAGGUUUCGUAGAGACGAAGAAAUAUAAUGACAGGAACAUUUUAAAGAGAUCUGAAUGUAAGACAUUUAAAACUGCUUAGAAAGAAAGAAAAAGCAUACUACCUUGAUGUAACAUUUACCUGUUAAUCACACGAGCUGGUUUUGUUCAGCUUAAUUUACUGUUUAAAGGCAUUAUCUGUUGGUUUGUGCCAGUGGGUAUAUGACUGAAUUUUGGGAACAGGGUUGACACAGCAGGUACUAGUCCUGCAUAUUUUUUCUUAAAACGAUUUCCCCCCAGUUUUGUUUUGUUUCACUAUUAUUAUUAUUUUUUCAAUAUAUAGCUUUUAUAACAAAAAAAAAUAUUAGCUUUGAUCUUAUUGCUUAAAAAAAAAUCACAGGGGACUAGGGUAGCCUUUUUGCUGAGCUGGAUCUUAGAAAAAUAAUAAUAUUUAAAUUUUAAAUUUUUGCACAUUUCAUCCUCCUUCCAACAUGAAUGCUUGUAAAAAGGAAGCCAAAAAAGAAAAGAUUUGGGGGGAAAGACACCCAAUUUUGCAUCGUUAGUCACAUAUGGAGCUAAAAGGAGGAAGCAUAAGUAGAAAACUGGCUUAAUAAUUUGUCCCCUUACAAUCCCCCAUUCUGCACAGUUCCCCACCAUAUGGAAUGUUAUUUGACUGCCCGUUAAUCUACAAUUACUAACUCAACAGUAAAUUAAUUAAAGUUGGGGGAUGGGGGAAGCACUUAAGUUUCACAGAAGCAGUUAUGUCUGUAAUAAUUGGUUAUUGCCAUCUCUAUACUUAGAAUGAAGAAUAAUGCAUGUUACUUUUCCUGUAUUAAAAGAUGCUGUGAUUUGUAAAAAGUUUGUCUUUUGCGGAAUGUCUGGAUUAAGAAGCGUUACCAAUAGGAAUGGAUCGAUAGUUGAAAACUGAUUUCCCUCCUUUCUUUUUGUUUUGUUUUAUGUAUAGGUAUAUAUAUAUACACACAUAUAUAUACAUAUAUAUAUAUAUAUAUAUAAAUUGCAUCCAUGUUCAGAGACAAUUUUUAAUAAUAGGUGUAAAGUUUAUUUAACCAACUUUUUUUUCCAAAGCUUCUCACCAUUUUAGGGGUUCUUUCAAAAAGGUGGUCUUAGACUUGACUAAUGCCCACUAAACCCAUAGCAUUCUUCUUUUUUUACCCCCUUCAAGGUAGAAAAAUAAUUUGUAAAUAUUUAUUUUGCUCUUGGAUAUUUAUUGAAAGCGGUAACACAAUGGAAAUGGAAGAACGGGAGGAAAAAGCUCUCUUAGUUUUCUCUAGGUAUUGUCAGGGCCAGUAGGUAGAUGAAGCUCAUGCAAAGUCGUCUGUGAUCUUCACUGCAACUGAAAAUCAUAAGAGAUAAAGCGGUGACAGGAAUAGAUACUACCAGAUAAUUUCCAAGUUGCUGUUACCACCACUGAAAUCAGAUAUGGUAGUAAGGUGGGCGUAUUUCCCCCCUGAUUCAGAGAUAUUUGCACAUGCAAAUAGUACGCACGUACGAUCUUUUACAGGCAAAAACUGCCUCAUUCAUAUAUGCAGAGGAGGAGGAGUUCUUGUCAGUCUGAUUCCUUUGCCCAGAUGAAUGGGGAAAUCGUGGAGGUCCAGGAAUACCUUAAAAGCAUCAGGGCCUCUGCAUUCAUAAAAGGUUGCUAUAGGUUUGUGUGAGCACCUGUACCAGCUUUAUCUUAGUGACCUCACAUCCUUUAGGAAAUGAGCUUUCGUUGCUCUGCGUUGCAACUAUAAAGGAAGUUUCACCACUAUUUUGAGUGCAACUCAGAAGCGCCCUUUGAUUAUUUUACGAUUUUUCCAUGGGGAAAAAAAACAACCACAAAAUAAACUUCGGUCCAGCCCUAUAAAAAGCAAGUUUUUGUGUGAAAACUCUUCUUUUUUCCCCCCUCUCUUUUUUUUCUUUUGGUGUAAAAUCAUUCCAAGAUAUGUAAUAUUUAACUGAUAGCUGCAUGAAAGUACGAUUCGUGUUAUUUUUGGGGUUUUCUUUUUCUCCCUUUUUGUCUCUGUUGACACGGUUGCACAUUUUCAAGUUACUACAGUGUGAAAACUGUGUUUCCUUUUUUUAUAUAAAAAAAAAAUCAGAAAAAGAACAAAAAAAAUUGUGGCCUGGUUUUUGUAUAAGUUUUAGGGGGGGAAAUAUAAUUGUUUUAGGAAUCUUGAUUUGAAAUAAAAAUAAAAAUAUUUCCCCCCUGCAAAUCAUAAAGCUAUAUUAAAGUGUUGAGCUUAGCCACUAUGCACAUUGUAAUUUACUCAUUGUGGCUGUCCAGUUCUAUGCUGCAUUCUGGCAUUUUGUAAGCUGCUCUGACUAGCAAUAUAUAGAGUCAUUAAAUGUGUUAACAUUGGUUAAUAAAUGUAUUUGAAAAGGCAA